UAUCCUGGAUGUUCACCACCAAACCAUGCCACCAGUAGAUAAUGAGAAGUUAUCAACCAUCUUGUCAGUUCUUCCUGUGGCUGACUCCAUAGCUGUCAACCGCAGAGCCAGUGUGCCUGGGCUCAGCCCACCAGAGGCCUGGCCGAGGCUGAGGCUGGUGAAUGGCACAGGAAGGUGCUCUGGACGGGUGGAGGUUUCCUACCAGGGGACCUGGGGGUCCGUGUGUGAUGAAGGCUGGGGCCUUCCAGAGGCACAGGUCGUGUGCAGGCAGCUUGGGUGUGGCCCAGCUCUGUCGGCCCCACUGGGCGCCCACUUUGGCCCUGGCUUUGGAAAGAUCCUUUUAGACAAUGUGCACUGCACUGGCACAGAGAGCAGCCUGUCCCUGUGCACCCACGACAGCUGGUUCACCCACAACUGCAGCCAUGAGGAGGACGCUGGAGUCAUCUGCUUGGAAGCGAAAGUGCCAUCAUCUCCUUCAUCACCUUCAUUACCAUCUCCAUCAGCAUCGCCACCACCUUCAUCUUCACCACUGUCACAGACACCACCGCCACCAUCACUGUCGUCAUCUGUCUCAUCCUUUUCGGCAUCGUCACUACCUGUACCAUCACCACCAGAAGCUGGUUUCCCUACUGACCUUUCCACAGAGCCAUCACUGACUGCAGCCCCUGAGGCCUUCGUUGCUCCAUCUGCAGGUGGUGGCCUCUCAGCUCCCACACCUGCAAUUGGCACCCUCAGUUUUCAUGCUGCCACACUCACCCUAGCAGAUGCUGAUGGUUCUCCAGGCCUCAUGCCCACCAUUCCCACCACUGAGCCUGCAGCCACUGCCCGGAUGCAUCCACCCCCAGGUGACAGUCUCGUGGCAGCGCCACCCACAUCGCAGCCUUCUCGCCUUUCUUCCGCUCCCACGGUGGCAGGACCCCUGAUGGAGGUGAGGCUGCUGAAUGGCACAGGGAGGUGCUCAGGCCGCGUGGAAGUCCUUGUCCAGGGAACAUGGGGGACGGUGUGUGAUGACCUCUGGGACCUGGCUGAGGCCGCAGUUGUGUGCCGCCAGCUGCAGUGUGGCCAAGCGGUUGCAGCCCCCACAGGAGCCCACUUUGGUGCUGGCUCUGGGAAGAUCGUGCUGGAUGACGUGCAGUGUGCGGGCAGUGAGCGCCACCUGGGACAGUGCAUGGUCGGGGGCCAGGCUGGGCACAACUGUGGACACCUGGAAGACGCCGGUGUAAUCUGCACAGGCGCAGUUGGUUCUCCAGACCUCCAUUCUGCCAUGAAGCCUGACGCUUCCCUGCCUCCUCACACAUUCCCAGUUGGGGUCGCCUCAGAGACUUCCCAGGUCAAAAUCCCUGCGUCCUCCACACUUGCAUCAACAGCAGGUGCAGAUGGCUCUCCAGCCCUCGCCCGCAUCACAGAGCCGGAAGCUACACCACUGUCACACAUGCUUGCAGGUAUGGACCAUUCAUCAAACCCCAAUACAACAACAGAGCCUGAAGCUGCCGCCCCACCAUACCUAGGUCAGGCAUUAUUGACACCUGUGUCCACCACAGAGCCUGCUGCGCUUCCCCUGAAAGUCACUCCAGCAGCCCAUGAGAACCCAUUUCCCAUGCCAUCAGUGACAUCAGAGGCUCAAAAACCACCUUCUGCACCAUCAGGAGACUGGGUCCCUGUGCGGCUGGUAGGCACCGAUGAACGCUGUGCAGGUCGCGUUGAACUUUUCUACCAAGGAGUCUGGGGGAGCGUGUGCGAUGACCUCUGGGACCUUCCACAAGCAAACGUCGUCUGCCGGCAGCUGGGAUGCGGCUGGGCCAUUUUAGCGCCUGGUGAGGCCCACUUUGGAGAAGGCUCUGGGAAGAUUCUCCUGGACAAUGUGCGCUGCAGUGGGGCCGAGCGGCACCUCGAGGAAUGCUCUCAUGCUGGCUGGUUCUCCCACAACUGCGGUCAUGCAGAAGACGCCAGCGUGGUUUGUUCAGAUGCUAAAUAUUCAGUGGCUGUACCAUCAGGUUACCCACCGGGUGUCCUGGCAGGAACAGUGGUUUCAGGAAAAUCUCAGUGUGGCGGAACUAUUACUAACUCAUCUGGAGCAAUUAGGAAUCCCCCGAGGAACGAGAUGCAUGACAACAUGACCUGCGUGUGGGAGAUCAGGGCCAAUGCGUCUGAUCACAUCCUGCUGGCGUUUCCACAUCUUAACCUUGACUGCACCAAUGAAUAUUUUGAAAUCCUGGAUGGUCCUCCAUCUUCAGCAAAGUCUCUGGGGAAGACCUGCACUGGUUUCUACCUCACCUAUUCGUCCUCCUCCAGCUCCAUGACCCUCUUGUACUUCCGAGGGUUCAAUAACAUAGGGAAAAACUUCAUGGCUUACUAUUAUUCUGCGACCAAAGAGGCAGUGUCGAAGACCCCACAUCUAGUCACUAUCCCAGUGGCAACAGCCAUCCCAACAACAACAGCAACAACUACUGCAACAACAUCCAUCUCAAUAGCAACAGCCAUCCCAACAAUAGCUGCCCCAACAACAACAACCCCAACAGCAAUAACUGACCCACCAAAAACAACCAUCUCAACAACAGGUACCACAACAGCAACAACUACCUCAACAACAGCCAUCUCAACAACAGCCAUCCCAACAACAGCAAUAACUACCACAACAACAACAGCUAUCUCAAUAGCAACAGCCAUCCCAACAAUAGCUGCCCCAACAACAACAACCCCAACAGCAAUAACUAACCCAACAACAACAACCAUCUCGACAACAGCUACCACAACAGUAACAACUACCUCAACAACAACAGCCAUCCCAACAACAGCUACCCCAAGAACAACAGCCAUCUCAACAGCAGCAGCCACCCAAACAAUAGCUACCACCACAACAACCAUUCCAACAGCAACAGCUACCCCAACAUCAGCCAUCUCAACAACAACAGCCACCCUAACAGCAACAACUAUCCCAACACCCACAACCAUUGCAAAAACAACAGCUGUCACAACAACUACACCAAUAUCAACAACCAUCCAAACACCAACAAUCAUCUCAACAACAACAGCCAUCACAACACCUACACCAGUAACAACAACCAUCCCAACAACUCCCAAGACAUUGAUUGCCAAGCCAGAAGGCUGGCCAGAGUUGCGGCUGAUGGAUGGUUCCAGUCGGUGCUCAGGACGUGUGGAGGUCCUCCACCAGGGGGCCUGGGGGACCGUGUGCGACGACCUGUGGGACCUGAAUGAAGCUGAGGUCGUGUGCAGACAGCUGAGGUGUGGCCGGGCCAUCUCUGCCCUUGGGAAGGCCCACUUUGGCCCAGGGCUAGGGGAAAUCCUCCUGGACAACCUCCAGUGCGCUGGAGUGGAGCGCUUCCUGGGCCAGUGCGCCCACUCGGGCUGGUCGGAGCACAACUGUGGUCACCACGAGGAUGCGAGUGUCAUCUGCUCAGAUGCUGAUGAAUCUCAGUCUAACAAGCCAGGGAACUGGCCAAAGCUGCGGCUGGUAGGGGGCUCUGGUCAGUGCUCAGGUCGUGUGGAAGUCCUCCACCAGGGAGUCUGGGGCACCGUGUGUGACGACUUGUGGGACCUCAAUGAAGCCAAAGUUGUAUGCAGGCAGCUGGGAUGUGGUCAAGCUGUUUCAAGCCCCGGUGAGGCCCACUUUGGUGCCGGCACAGGAAGCAUCCUCCUGGAUAACCUGCAGUGCUCUGGGAUGGAGCACUUCCUGGGCCAGUGUGCCCACCUGGGCUGGUCAGAGCACAACUGCGGCCACCAUGAGGAUGCCGGUGUCAUCUGCUCAGAUGCUGAAGACAUGUCUCUACCGACACCUCCAGGUCUUCCUACAACUUCUCAGCUCCAUAAAUCAGGAGGAAGUAAUUCUUGUGGAGGGGUCAUUUCUAGUCUUUCUGGCUCAUUUUCUAGUCCACAAUAUCCCGAAAACUAUCCAACAGACAUCCAAUGUAUUUGGGAGAUUCAUGUGGAUAAAACCUUCCGCAUAGAACUCAUGAUUCCAAGUUUGAAGCUAGAGGAUGUCCUUGGAUGUCCCUACGACUCGGUGGAGAUCUUCGAUGGCCCCAGGAUUGCUUCGCUGUCCAUGGGGAAGCUCUGCGCUCCAGUAGCCGUGAUGUUUUUCUCCUCCUCCGACAUCCUCACACUGGUGUUCCAGAGUGACUCCAUGAUCACCAACACUGGCUUUCAAGCUUUGUUCAAUGCAGUUCCGCAGGGUGAAAGCAAGUCAGAUGAUGCACCUGUGCUGCGGCUGGCAGGCAGCUCCAACCGCUGCUUAGGUCGAGUGGAAGUCCUCCACCAGGGGACCUGGGGCACCGUGUGUGAUGACUUGUGGGACCUGAAUGAAGCCGAGGUUGUGUGCAGACAGCUGGAGUGUGGACAGGCCGUGGCUGCUCCGGGAAGUGCCUACUUUGGUAGAGGUUCUGGAGACAUCCUUCUGGACAACAUCCAAUGUUCGGGAAGUGAGAACCAUCUCGGCCAGUGUCCCAGUUCUGGCUGGUCAGACCACAACUGUGGCCAUCACGAGGAUGCUGGUGUGGUCUGCUCAGAUGCUGGAAGCUGGGCGUCAGACGUGGCCCUGGAACCCUCAGCUUUCAUUCCUCAAGACCAUGGGCUGCAAGGAGGAAGUGACUCUUGUGGAGGAUUAAUUUCAAGUCUCUCGGGCUCCUUCUCCAGCCCUCGAUAUCCUACAAACUACCCCACAGAUGUGGAGUGUGUCUGGGUGAUCCACGUGGCUGAGAAGUUCCACAUAAAACUGACAAUCCCAAGCCUGAAACUAGAGGACAUCUAUGGGUGCCCCUAUGACUUUGUGGAAGUGUUUGAUGGACAGCAAGCUGCCUCGCUCUCCAUGGGCAGGUUUUGUACCGGGACAGAGCUCACCUUCCUCUCCUCUUCGAACGUCAUGACUGCAGUGUUCAGAAGUGAUGCCAUGAUCACCAACACAGGGUUUUAUGCCCUGUACAACACCGUGCAGCAAGAGGAGCGGGACAGUGGUAUGUCCCUGCGACUGGUGAAUGGCAGUCACAGGUGUGAGGGCCGGGUGGAGGUUUCCUAUAAUGGCACCUGGGGCACAGUGUGCGAUGACAACUGGGACCUGCCAGAUGCCAGGGUGGUAUGCCAGCAGCUUGACUGUGGUGAGGCCCUAUCAGCCCCAGCUCACAGCUACUUUGAUGGAGGUACUGGUCUCAUCAUGUUGGAUGACCUGCAGUGUACUGGGAACGAGGCUAAGCUGUGGCAGUGCACACACAAAGGGUGGUUUUCCCACAACUGUGGGCACCAUGAGGAUGCCAGUGCCAUCUGCUCAGGUGUUGAUGGCAAUAAAAAUGGAGAACCAAAAGGCAUCACUGAUGACAGUUCACUCACAGAUGAAGAUGUUCAUUGUGGCGGUCUGCUCACAAACCGUUCAGGAACUUUCACCAGUCCUUUUUACCCUAAAAGGUACCCCACAAAUAUUGAAUGUACCUGGGACAUACAAGUGGAUGAAAGGGCUCGUGUCAAGCUUACGUUUGAAGUGGUCAAGUUGGAAAGUUUCUAUAGCUGUCCAUAUGACUUCAUUGAAAUCUUUGAUGGCCCACCAAGUGAGCCUUUUUUGCUGGGAAGGUUCUGUUCCAUGGGAACCCCAAUAUUUACCUCCUCAUCAAACCGAAUGACCGUGGUGUUCCGUAGUGAUGAAAUCCUCACCAACGUUGGUUUCUACGCAUCUUAUGAGUCCCUGGUGCAAGAUGAGAAUGGCACAGAUGUGGCCCUCAGGCUGACCAAUGGCAGCCACCACUGCGAGGGCCGUGUGGAGCUGCACUACAACCAUACGUGGGGCACAGUGUGUGAUGAUAGCUGGGACCUCCAUGAUGCCCAGGUGGUGUGCAGGCAGCUGGGCUGUGGCAGGGCUGUGGCAGCUCUUGGCCGGGCACAUUUUGAGAGAGGAGAGGGCCCCAUUGCCCUGGACGACGUGGAGUGCUUGGGGACAGAAGCCAAGCUGUGGCAGUGCCUGCACAAUGGCUGGUUCACCCACAACUGUGGCCACCAUGAGGAUGCCGGUGUCAUCUGUUCAGACUCUCUGGCUUACCCAACAUCAGCAGCAGCUGUGAGUUAUUCAACCUCAGAAUCUUUUCCAAAGCCUACGGAGGUGCCCACAUCAGCAGUUGCUUCAACUCCUGGAGAGCAUCCACAUGUUUUCAUUCCAAUAGAUCUGCCAGAGGUGAGGCUGGCUGAUGGCAAGAACCGAUGUGAGGGCCGCGUGGAGCUCCACCACAAUGGGACCUGGGGGUCUGUGUGUGAUGACCUCUGGGACCUGCCUGCUGCCCAGGUUGUGUGCCAGCAACUGGGCUGUGGGACAGCUAUGGCAGCCCCUAGGGGCAGCCUGUUUGGCGAUGGCUCUGGCCCUAUCUUCCUAGAUGACGUGCAGUGUACGGGUGAAGAGACCAACCUGGGCAAGUGCCUCCACCUCGGCCUGUCAGUGCACAACUGUGGGCAUCAUGAGGAUGCCGGGGCCAUCUGCUCAGCUGUUGAAGUCCUCCCAACUUUGGCAGAAACAGCUUCCACCAUUGAUCUUCCUGACAUCAGGCUGGUGGACGGGAGGAGCCGGUGUGAAGGGCGAGUUGAAGUGUACUACAGCGGCAUGUGGGGCACUGUGUGUGAUGACCUCUGGGCCCUCAGUGCUGCCCACGUGGUGUGCCAGCAGCUAGGCUGUGGAGAAGGCGUCGAUGCCCUGGGGAGUGGCCACUUUGGGGAGGGUGUUGGGCACAUCCUUCUGGAUGAUGUGCAGUGCUGGGGCAACGAGACUUCAUUAGGCCAGUGCUACCAUCUGGGCUUGUCUGUCCACAACUGUGGCCACCAUGAGGACGCCGGGGUCAUCUGCUCAGCAUCAGCCACAGAAAUGACCACUUCACCUGAUCCUACCUCUAUUUCAGCCACAGAUUUGCUCCUUCCAACAGAAUCUUUGGAUAUUGCUAUGUCCACUUUAACAGAUUUUUCUUCAAUCUUGCCAGAAGUGACCUUCCCAACAGAUGCAUCGCCAACCCUAGCAGAAGUAGACAUUCCCUCUGAUACAACCCUUACAUCAGGUGAAGUACCCUUUUCACCAGCCAGAGACCCAAUUUCAGUGAAAGUGACAUCAUCACCUGUUACAAUUUCAAUGGAAGAAAUGAUCCCUUUGCCUGACUCGCCCCUGCGCCUGGCGGGCGGGAAGAACCGCUGCGAGGGUCGGCUAGAGGUGCGGUACCAGAGCGAGUGGGGCACCGUGUGCGACGACCACUGGAACAUGAAGAAUGCCCGCGUCGUGUGCCGCCUUCUGGGCUGUGGCCAUGCCCUGAGCUCUCCGGGUCGUAGUCGCUUCGGCCCGGGCUCGGGACCAAUUCUGCUGGACGACGUGCACUGCACGGGCACCGAGGACGCCCUGGAGCAAUGUAGCCACGCGGGCUGGGCGCGCCACGACUGCCAGCACCACGAGGACGCGGGCGUGGUCUGCUCAGGUGCAGCUGACUCUGUCGUGCCCAAGGACAAAGCCCAGCUCUCCUGCUUGCCCCACCUCUUCCAAGCUGUCAUUGACCGAGGCUACCUCCGGAGACUGGGGUAUUCCUCCUGGGACAUCCACCUAAAUGAUAAGCUGUGUCGCCCCCAAGUCACUGGGCGCUACCUGAUCUUCAACAUUCCUUAUGGCCACUGUGGCACUGUCUUGCAGAAACACAGGGGCUCCCUCAGCUACUCCAAUUCCAUCAGAGGCCACGCACGGGGCCACCCAGGCCGAGUCGUUGUGCGGCACAAGGUACCCCAAGUGAAGUUUACCUGCAGAGUGGACAGCCCAUCCACUGGUGAAGUUGCUCAUGGGACUGGUGACUCCCAGAUGGAGGGCGCCAGCUAUGACGUGUCCAUUACAUUUCAUCAGUCACCUGCAUUGCAACACAGUGGCCACAAGGCAUACUAUGACAGCCAGAGGCAAGAGGUAGUUCUCCAGGCCACCCUCCAUAGCCUGGAUCCCAAUGCAUGGCUCUUCGUGGAUACCUGUGUGGCUUCUCCAGAUCCCAGUGAUUUUACUACCAUUGCAUACGAUUUGAUCCGGCAAGGGUGCAUCAAAGACAACACCUACGUCAACCUUCACUCUCCACAGAAGAAUGUGGCCCAGUUCAAGUUCAAUGCCUUCAGCGUUCUUAACAGCUAUGAUAUGAUCUACCUGCAAUGUAAGAUCAUCAUGUGCAGAGAAAAGGACUACUCCUCCCGCUGUUCCCAGGGCUGUGCAGGGCGAAAAAGGAGAAAUGCAGAUCCCUUAGAGCACAAGGAAGAGGAUACUGACCAUUUCCAGAUAGUGGGACCACUAGUGGUCCACAAAAUAUCCAGAUAGAGCAAGACUAAAGUGUGAUUUCUCCAAUUUGUAUGUGAAUAUAUUAGAAAUUAGGAGCAGUCUACUUCUUGCAGUGAAGCUGUGUUUGAUAAAUUAGAAAUGAUCCGUAUAAACACAGGCAAGAUAAACAGAAGUAUUGCUGCUCUGAGGUUUAUUAGUAAAUAAAUUUCUAAUUACUGCACUUGUGAGGCAGUUCUACUUUCUAGGCUAAAAAUGCUGAUUUUCUCAUUCUUCUCUAUCAAGAAGUUAAUAAUUGAUGUAAGGUGUACAACAUGUUAUUAAAAACAGGACUGUCUCCCUCUACCUCAUGGGCAACUUAAAAACUUUUUUUUAAUGAUUACUUAUUAUUCAGAUGCUAAAAGGUGGAUGUUUCUUCUGUUGCUCUGGUGAUGUGAUAAUUUUCAGAUCUUGCUAACCAUCUUAUGAAAAAAUAAACUAAGUGUCUGUCAGGAAGC